UACUAUUGAAUUUCCACUUAAUUUAAAUAGUCUGGAACUUCCUAUCUUUGGUAAAAAAUACCAUUCUAUAUUUAUUUUUUCAAAAGUGCUUUUAAUAUUCUGCUUUUGUGUAAAGUUGAAUAUGGAUUCACAAGAAGGAAAUUCUAAAAAUAAAUGGAAUAAAGAUCCAGAAGAAUAUUUAACAGAUACUAAUAAUAUAUCAGAAAUGUUUGAUUCUGGUUUUGAGAUGUACAAUAAUUUAAAUAAAACUCAAGAACCAACAAACAGUUCAAAAAUUCAGUUAACUAUUCAACAAACAAUGAAUAUUUUUGAAAAUACCACAAGACUAGUAUCAUUAGUUAAUAUGUUUAGUAAUAAUGAAAAUUUUGAAGAAAUAUCGACUGAAAAUAUAAAAUAUUUAUUAUUACCUGCGUUACUUGGAAUUCUUACAACAAAAGUUUGUGGAACAAAUAAUCGAAUUCAUAUUGUUGAUAUAGCUGAAAUUUAUUUUAUAGAUUUUUUAAAGAGAUUGAAGUCAUAUGGAUUGAUUGAUAUAGAAAUUUCUGAAGUAAAUAAAGAUGAAAGUAAGCGAGAAACUGCUACUCUACAUAAAAAAUCAAAUGCAGAAAUAAUUAUAGAUAUGGUAAAUGUAAGAAAUAAUAAAAUUCAAAGAUACCAAAAUCAAAAAGAACUUGAAAAGCAGUUAGACACAUUAAAACAAAAUUUGUAUAAUCCUAAUAUUGAUGAUGAAAUUAAACGGAAAUAUUUUGUUACACUUGUUAAAGUUUUUGCAAAUCAAUCAAUUAAUGAAUUAAGUUCUUUAGCUUUGGAAAGGCCUAUUUUGGAACAUAUGAAAAAUAAUAGUCAAGAUGUGGAUUUAAAGAAUGAAGCAAAUGAAAAAUGUAGCAUAUCUACUAAACUUCAACCAAUUAUUAUCACUCGAGAUGCUAUGCAAAAAAAAGUUUUUGGUGCUGGUUAUCCAAGCCUUCCAAUAUUAACAGUACAAGAAUUUUAUGAUAAAAAAAUUAAAUCUGGAGAAUGGCCUACACAAAUUCAAAGAAAUCAAAUUGAAUCUAAAAACUUACAAAAUACAGCAAGUGGUAUAACUGAUGAAAAUUUAGAAAAUGAUAGUGAAGAUGGAAAAGAACAACAGAUUGAGAAAGAUGAUUCUGAAAUUUUAGCUAGAGCUAGAGCAAUGGACGAAUAUAAAGAUACACAUCGUCGAGGUUGGGGUAAUCGUGCUAACAGAAGUUAAAUAAAAAAACAAAAUUUUAUUUUCAAAAUUACAUUAUACAGUGAAAAAA